CCCGCGCUUCCGCCUCGCGCCGGGCCUGCUUCCGGUGUCCGCCCUGCGGCCCCUCCCGCCGCCGCCGCCGCCGCCGCCGCCGCGAUGGUGCCGCUGUGGCGGUCCCGCUGCCUCGGCCGCGCGCUGGGCCGCUCGCUGCGCGCCCUGCGACAGGGGAACUGUACUCUGGCAAGAUGCCCUCUGUCUGGUGUGUCUGGGAGCCAGGGACUGGCUUACCCAAACAGCAGGAAGCUUGUAGUAAAUAGCUCCAGUGUCUUCACUGUCCGCUACUUCAGAACCACUGCGGUACAUAGGGAUGACGUGGUUACGGUGAACACACCAGCCUUUGCAGAGUCAGUCACAGAAGGAGAUGUCAGGUGGGAGAAAGCUGUUGGAGACACAGUGGCGGAAGAUGAAGUGGUGUGUGAGAUUGAAACAGACAAGACAUCAGUGCAAGUUCCAGCCCCAGCAGCUGGUGUGAUUGAAGCCCUUCUGGUACCUGAUGGUGGCAAAGUGGAAGGGGGGACACCUCUAUUCAAACUCAGGAAAACUGGAGCUGCUCCUGCCAAGGCUAAACCAGCAGCAGCCCCUCCUCCUCCUGCAGCCCCUGAACCUGUAGCUGCACCUGCUCCCCCCCCUGCUGCAGCACCAAUUCCCACUACAAUGCCACCAGUGCCGCCUGUGUCAACUCAGCCCAUCGACAGCAAGCCAGUGUCUGCUGUGAAGCCGGCUGCAGCCCCAGCGGCAGCCCCUCCUGGGGAGGCAGUGCCCACCAAAGGUGCCAGAUCAGAGCAUAGGGUGAAAAUGAAUAGGAUGCGUCAGCGUAUUGCUCAGCGGCUGAAAGAGGCUCAGAAUACUUGUGCCAUGCUGACCACUUUCAAUGAGAUUGAUAUGAGCAACAUCCGGGAGAUGAGAGCUGUACACAAGGAUACCUUUCUGAAAAAGCACAACUUGAAGCUAGGUUUCAUGUCAGCUUUUGUGAAAGCUGCAGCCUUUGCUCUGCAGGACCAGCCUGUUGUGAAUGCAGUGAUUGAUGACACGACCAAAGAGAUUGUGUACAGGGAUUAUGUGGACAUCAGUGUUGCUGUAGCAACUCCCCGGGGUCUGGUGGUCCCUGUGGUUAGGAAUGUAGAAAACAUGAACUUCGCUGACAUAGAGCGUGCUAUCUACGAGUUGGGGGAGAAGGCACGGAAGAAUGAACUGGCCAUUGAAGACAUGGAUGGCGGCACUUUCACAAUCAGCAAUGGUGGGGUUUUUGGGUCACUCUUUGGAACACCUAUCAUUAACCCACCCCAGUCUGCCAUCUUAGGCAUGCAUGCCAUCUUCGAUAGGCCUGUGGCUGUGGGAGGCAAGAUCGAGGUGCGGCCUAUGAUGUACGUGGCGCUGACCUACGAUCACCGGCUCAUCGACGGCAGAGAGGCCGUGACCUUCCUGCGCAAGAUCAAGGCAGCGGUGGAGGAUCCCCGCGUGCUGCUGCUCGACCUGUAGGGCAGCCACACCCCCACACAACCCACCCAGGACAGGGCCGCAGCACCAGCAGGGACGAUGCAGGGCAUUCAGGAAUUGGCAGGGGUCAUUCCAGUCUUUCUCCCUCCGCUGUGAUUGGAGCUGUCCCAGAGGGAAUUAUGGGGAUAGCUCCUACCUCCUUUCCUAUUUUGUUUAAUGAAGGUUUAGUAUCUCACAAGAACUUGCCGUGCAGUGGGCCAGCCACUGAAUGGCACUGCCUUUCCAGAGCCAUCUGUGUGGCAUCUUCUCCCUCGCAGCACCAAACUCUCACCUCUAGCUUGUCCUAUACCACUGGAAACUGCUUGCUGCUGCUGUGCUAGGGUACCCUUCCCUGCCCCUCCAUGGCAGGUUCAGCUUUACUGCCUAGCACUAAGGUUCCUGGGAGGGAGAGGAGAGGAGAGGAAAGGCUACUGUCCUGUCCAUGUUUUCCUUGAAAGUAUUUCACACUCAUCUGCCUUGCAAGGGUGGUCUGACCCCGAGGCCAUUUGCAGGAAAAGUUUUGGUCAGAGCAGGGCUUGAGAUAGUCGUGCUUCUGGCAGUGCCCUAGUUACACUCCCUCCACAGACAGUAACACGGGGUGGCAGCUCCCCUACUUUCCCUUGGCGAUUGUCUUUCACCAGCCCAGUCACUGUGGCGUGAAUAUUCUUGUUGGGGUGGGCAGAGCCCGUGACCUCUGUGGAGGUAGCACCGUUCCUGGGGACAACCCUUUCACCAUUACAUGCCCGACAUGGGGGUGAGAACCAGCCCCCAGCAGCUGUCCUUGGCACACAGCUCACUGGCGGUGGGUCUGCCUGCUGGCUUCCUGCGUGCGGGGGCUUGGCUGCUCCCAGCCGACACAGCUGGGGGGCCAGGCCUUUCACUGUAAUGUAUAUCCCAGCCCACGGGUGCUGGUUUUGGGGGGAGGGGGGCAGUUCUUAAUCUGAUAGCGCACACAUGAAUUGAGGGGUGAGGGGGUUGCUAGUGCCUGCAGAGUCUAUUACUCUUACCCCCUACACAGAACUUGUAACAAAAAUAUUUAACACAGCGGAUUUUAAAUGAAAUAAAACUGUGCAACGACUGCAA